AUGCCGGCAGCCCAAAUCAGAAGCAGAGCAACCCGCAAAAGAACCCUUUCCAUUUUCAUCCCAACAGUUCUGCUGCUAUUUUCAAUUCCUUCUUCUUCUCUAGCUGCCAACACUCUCACCCAAGGCGGUCCAGCAGUCAACUCCUCCGCCACCUUGGUCUCACCAAACGGCCUCUUCACGUUGGGCUUCAGGCGGUCCGCCGCCGGAAGCUACCUCGGGAUCUGGUACAUCAAUGCGACGAGCAGCUUCUUCUGGAUUGCCAACCGCGACUUCCCGAUCCGCGACGAAUCAGGAUCGCUCUCCCUUGACCAAGACGGAACGUUGAAGCUCACCUACUCCGGCGGCGGCGGCGCCGCAGUCAAUCUCUACUCUGACAGCCGACGGAGGAGACUAAUCGCCACGCUCGAUGACACGGGCAAUUUCGCGGUAAGCGAUGUCGAUUCAGGGGAUUCGCUAUGGCAGAGCUUCGACUCCCCAACGAAUGCGUGGUUUCCCGGGAUGAAAUUAGGCCUCGUCAGCGGGGAGAACAGGAAGGUGACAUCAUGGCUGACUGAGUCCAUCCCGGCGGCGGGGGCGUUCACGCUGGAGUGGGACCCGACGGCCGGGAAGGAAGAAUUGGUGAUGAAGCACAGAGGCGUGACGUUCUGGACCAGCGGCAAGCAAUUGACCCCCAACCGGUUCACGAAUCUAGACCUCAGGCUGCAGAGGGUGAAUUACAACGUGUCCCGAGUCGUCGCCGGUCCCAACUCCGAUUACCUGACGUUCAGGGCUUCCACCAACGAAUACAGCUCCACCAACCAACUGAGCUUCACGGUAGUAAGAUUGAGGUACGACGGCGUGGUUGAGGAUGUAAGUACGAGGAUUGUGAUUCUGCAGAGUGAGGAUUGCCACGGGAAUGGGACGGAGAAUGGGUGCCGGAGAUGGGACGGCCCGGACUGUCGCCGGAGCGGCGAUGGUUUCCAGAUUCUGUGGGGCACGUUUAGUUUGGGUCAAUGGGUGGAUGGGAAUAGUAACAUGAGCAUCAGCGAUUGCAAGGAACAAUGCUGGAGAAACUGUGAGUGUGGCGGGAUUAGCUUGGAUGGGGUUAACCGUAACGGCACCGGAUGUCGGUAUUUCAGGUCCGGCGGGUUCGUACAGUUGCCGAAUCAGGAAGGAGAAGACCGGUAUCAUGUUAUGAUCGCCGGAGAAAGUCAAGCCGAUACUUCAAAUGCAUCACGGAUUAAGUGGAUAGCUGUUUCUGUGACUGCGGCCGUGGCUGUGCUGAUCUUCGCACUCUGCAUUUUGUGGUUCCAGAGAAGGUGCAAGCUUAGAGAGAGGCUUUUAGCAGAGUUGAUGGCCACUAAUGCACCAAGUGAUGGAGAUGAGAUGGGUGAUGAUGGUGAUCAGAGCCACAAUUUGAAAAUCUAUAGUGCAGCGUCGAUCAUGAUCGCUACAGAUAGCUUUUCCCCGCAAAACAAGCUUGGAGAGGGAGGUUUUGGACCUGUAUACAAGGGGAAAUUGUCGGAAGGACGAGAAGUAGCUGUGAAGAGAUUGUCGAAACGAUCUGAUCAAGGUCUAGUUGAAUUUAGAAAUGAGCUCGUACUCAUAGCUAAGUUACAACACAGGAACCUUGUCAAGCUUCUAGGUUGUUGCAUCCAUGGAGAAGAAAAGAUGUUGGUGUAUGAAUAUAUGCCUAACAAGAGUUUGGAUUCGUUUAUCUUCGACGAAACAAAGAGAGUACAAUUAGAUUGGAACAAGCGUUUCAACAUCAUUGAAGGAAUUGCUCAAGGCUUGUUGUACCUUCAUAAGUAUUCGAGAGUGACAAUCAUACACAGAGAUUUGAAAGUUAGUAAUAUAUUACUCGAUGAAAAUCUUAACCCAAAGAUCUCGGAUUUCGGGAUGGCGCGUAUUUUCAAAACAAAUACUUCGGAAGCCAACACAGCCAAGCCCGUCGGAACAUAUGGGUAUAUGUCUCCGGAAUAUGCCAUCAAAGGCACUUUCUCCACCAAAUCUGAUGUCUUUAGUUUUGGAGUCAUGCUGCUAGAAAUUGUGAGUGGCAAAAAGAAUUACAACCUCAUUCCAUUGGAUCCCCCGAUCGACCUCGUGGAAUAUGCAUGGAAGUUGUGGAAAGAAGGUUCUCCAUUAGAGUUGAUGGAUCCAACCAUGGAGGGUUCCAAUAAUUAUAAAGACCAGAUACUUAGAUGUAUCAAUGUAGGACUGCUCUGUAUAGAAUACAACACAUACGAUAGGCCAGAAAUGUCAGAGGUGAUAUCGAUGUUGACUAGUAAUGUCGUACAAUUGCCCAUGCCAGAACAACCAGGGUUUAUCAUGACCAGACCAAGAAACCACGAGGGAAGCUCAAGCACUAGUGCCUCGAAAUUUUGUUCGAGUAAUGAAGUCACCAUAACAAUGAUGGUUGCUCGAUAGUUUGAAAUACUGCAUGAUGGAUUUAUUCAAACUCAUAGAUUGACCUUUUUUGUAAGUGUGUAAAAAUGAUAAAUUAAAUAUUUCUAUUUCUGGCGACAACUUAAAUUAUUUACAAUCAA